AUGCAUGGGAAUGUCAUAAACAAAAAGUUCGAGGUGGCGAAGAUGGACCGAAAACAAGAGCAAAACAACGAGAAACAAGUAGUGGAAGAGGAGAUCAAGCAUGUUUUUUCUUUGUAUGAUACGGUAUUCUCUUUCAUUGAAGAGGAGAAGAUAGAACCGAGGAUGCUUGGCUGUCCGAAGAAAGAGAAGAGUUAG